AUGCUAGGGGUAGCCGAAAUGCUCAAAGAGCCCCAAGUGGAGCUCGUAAUCGAGGGCUUAGAGCGCCUUAAUCGUUCCAUAUCAACUUCUUGGCCCUUAGCCUCGCAGUACCUGCAAGACAUUUGUCGGCUGGAGAAGGAUUCCAAUUUUCCCGCGCGCCAGAUGGCAUCAUUGGUUGCUAGUAAAAUAUAUCUGAUCUUGCAGGAUUAUCCAAUGGCGGUAAAGUACGCCUUGGCCGCUGGCAAUCUCUUUGAUUCCAAUGAGCGCUCGCUCUACUCCGAUACAAUAACAGGGAAGUGCAUUGAUGAAUAUACGACGGCGAGAAAGAGUAACUGUGACGCACAUGGAGGGGCAAAGAUAGAGAUUGAUCCACGGCUGGAGAAGUUUGUUGAAAACGUAAUUGACCAAUGUGUCUCUAACAAUAACUACAAUCAUGCAUUAGGCAUAGCAAUUGAGGCGCGUCGCGCGGACAAGAUUGAGGAGAUCGUCAAAAAAGACCACGCACUUGAGUAUUGUUUUGAAAGUAUUAAAAUGAUUACCAAUAAGAAGUUUUGCAUCUCAUUGUACCAAAUUUUAGCCCAUGAGUAUUCAAAAAAUUUAUCUCCCCAAAACUAUAAACAAUACAUCCUCUGCCUUUACAACUUGGGUGACUCGAAGGGAGUUGCCAGCCUGUUGGUGAAGCUGUUAUCUACCGCCUGUGACGAGUACAAUAUAUCUGAGAAUGAUCUGAUUGCUUAUCAAUUGGCUUUUGAUUUAGUGGAUAUAGGGGAUCAAAAAUUCCUAAAAUCACUGCUCCAAGAACUGGACUCUUUUGACCACCUGAAAUUCAAGUCUAUUCUCUCUGGAACGGUCACCACGCAAAUUUAUCUGCAAUUCUUACAUCGUACCAAUAACACUGACUUGCUACAGCUGGAAGAGUUGAAGCAAAAUGUUGAGUACCGUAACAGUAUACUCCACAACGCAAUGAUUACCACCCAAGCUCUAGCCCAAGCUGGUACUGCCAGUGACAUAUUCAUUAGAAAUAACAUAGAAUGGAUGGGCAAGGCGAAGAAUUGGGCGAAGUUCUCCGCCACUGCUUCAAUUGGCGUGAUACAUAAGGGCUUUACCACGGAAAACCAGAAGAUCUUGGGCGCCUAUCUUCCCAAUGGAUCAGACACUCAGCCUUACAGUGAAGGGGGGGCCCUAUUUGCAUUAGGAUUGAUACACGCGAACCACUACAAUGAGAGUGCGAAGCAGCUCCUCUUGGGGCAAUUAAACAUAACGGGUGCGGAUGAAUCUAAUCAUCACGGAGCCUGUUUGGGCCUUGGAUUAGUGUGCUUGGGUACAUGCGACAUGGAUAUUUACCAGGUUUUCAAGUCUAUUUUGUUUACUGAUGCCGCAGUUACGGGGCAAGCGGCUGCUAUAUCCAUUGGUCUACUAAUGAUAGGUUCCGGCCUUGAAGACGUCUCUGAUGAUCUAUUAGAAUAUGCCCACGACACGCAACAUGAUAAGAUAAUAGAGGGAUGCGCUAUCGCCUUGGCGUUGGUUCACUAUCGUAGGGAAGAAUUUGCAGACGCAUAUAUAACAAAGCUUUGCGAGGACAAAGAUGACAUUAUCCGCAUGGGAGGUAUGUACAUGAUAGGCCUCGCUUAUUGCAGCACCAGUAUCAGCUUCGCAGUUAAUAAAUUACUGCACCAUGCAGUAUCCGACGUAUCUGACAAUGUAAGAAGAUCAGCGGUCAUAUGCUUGGCAUUUGUCCUUAGUAAUUCGCAAAAACGACUGCCGGAAAUGGUUAGACUACUCUCUCACAGCUACAAUCCGCAUGUGAGAUAUGGCGCGGCGCUGGCGCUGGGCAUGGGAUGUCCAGCUUCGGCAAACCCAGAUGCGCUUAAGAUACUUAAUCAUUUAGCAACCGAUAAUACUGAUUUUGUGAGACAAGGCGCUUUCAUUGGGUUGGGCCUUCUAAUGCAACAAGCGCCGGGAGAAGACGCUGCUUCAACGCGUUCCAUGCUGAAAAAUAUCAUAUCUGAUAAGCAUCAAGAUGUUAUGGCUAGGUUUGGGGCACUUAUUGGGAUGGGGUUGUUGGAGGCGGGGGGACGGAAUGUGAUGGCCAGUAUGUAUACGUCCCAAAACAACUUGAGACAGGAAGCGGUGGCAGGGUUUUGCCUUUUCAGCCAAUACUGGAAUUGGUACCCUAUGAUCCACUUUAUCUCUUUGGCCUUUCAGCCUACUGCGUUUAUUGGAGUGAAUUCUAACUUCCAGAUCCCGGUGGACUACACCUUCGAAUGUAGGGCAGCUAAGGAGUCCUUUUCCUAUCCCGCCCCUUGCAUAAAAUCCACCAGUGACAACGACAAGGAAACAGUUACGGCGGUUCUAAGUGUUGCCAAGAAGAAUUGGCGUUCCAAUCUCUUCACCAGGCAUACUAUUGGAAACGACGAGAUAGCGGAUUCUAUGGAGGCCGAUAAGGAACUGGAUGCAGUAUCUGUGACUAGUGACUUAAAGUCUAUUAAGGCAGAAAUAUCAAGCAUUGCGGCCACAAUGGGCGACAUUGCGAGCGUGAGUGAUGCAUGCGAUUCCAUUGCAAGUCAGGAUAUCCGCAUCGACACCCAUCCCAUAAAAAAGUGCACAGGAGACAAGAAUUUGACAAUAUUGGAGAACCCAUGUAGGAUGCUUCCCUCUCAGUCCCAGUCUAUAACGCAUGUGCCCGAUCGAUACUAUCCUAUUUUUUCACAGCGCACCUCUGGAAUCGUUUUGCUCAUAGAUUUCAGGCCAUCAGAGCCUCCGAAUGUUGUUGAUACUAGGACUAUCAUAACAGCAGACAGCACGGAACAUGCUGUUGAACAGGAGGCGCAGCCAUUCCAGCCCUUUGAGUGGACUCCUCAGUAA